AUGCCAGCCACAUCAAUAGAAACGCCAGGCGUACCAUCCGGAUCAAGAGAUGCCACCGCUCACCUCCCUACCUUCACAGUAGUCGACGGGAUCUCCUCCACCACCCAGUCUUCAGACGAUGAUGAUUUCACAAUACGAGCCGUACUAGCCGGCCUACUGAUCGGUUGCCUGCUCGCCUUCACCAACCUCUACCUCGGGCUGCAGUCAGGGUGGAUCAGCAUGAUGUCGCUUCAAAGCUCGCUGCUUGGUUUUGCGCUGUUUCGCAUCCUGCCGCGCUACAUCGACGUGGCAGGUCGACGCUUCGUGCUCAUGUCGAGCCCAUUCACACCACAAGAAAACGUGCUGGUGCAGACGACGGCCGCGGCGGUCGGAGUAAUGCCGCUCUCGGCAGGCCUGGUUGGCGUGAUUCCAGCGCUCAAGAAGCUGACUUGGGAAAAGGACGGCAGCGGGCCCAUCGACUUAGACUUUGUGCACCUCCUGGGCUGGUGCUUUGCGUUGGCCUACUUUGGCGUUUUCUUCGCCUCGCCGCUGCGAGAGCCCAUGAUUGUAAAGGAGAAACUGACAUUCCCGAGCGGUACGGCGACAGCACAGUUGAUCGCCGUGCUGCACAACAAGCCUCUAAUCCGACAGCACGACUCUACCACAUCUGAUGGGCCCGGAGCUGCGGCACGACAGAGACGAAGCUACUCGGACGAUGCCGAAGCAGCAGUAGAAGACGAUGAGCGAACUGCGCUGCUGAGCAUACAGGAUGCCAGCACCGACAGGGUCGAGGAGGAGGAAGACGUAAUCGACAGCUCGCAAGGCUGGAAGGCGUUGGCAUGGUCCUUUUUGGGCUCCGCUGGGUUCACGGUGCUGUCGUACUACAUCCCCGUUCUGUACGCCAUGCCGCUGUUCGACUUCAUCCCGCCGCACAACCUUGCCUCGAUGUGGGGGUUCUGGUUCACGCCUUCGCUCAAUUACAUCGGUCAAGGCAUUAUCAUGGGCUUACCCACCACGGUGAGCAUGACGGCGGGUGCACUUGUGGGAUGGGCGGUGCUGAGCCCGCUGGCCUACUACAAUGGCUGGGCACCGGGGCAUCCGCUCGACUCGGAGGAUGGGAGUAAAGGGUGGAUAUUGUGGAUCAGCUUGGCCGUCAUGUGCUCCGAGAGUAUCGUUGGCCUGGUAGCUUUGAUCGCCAGCAAUGGCAUUCACGAUCUAAAGAGCUUGGCAGCAGCAAAGCAGCAGAGGCGUCAGCAACGCGACGAUGUUCAAGAUAGACAUAACACAAACGCGAGGGAGGCGCAGGAAGAGAUAGACGACGACCACGAGCCACCGCAUCGAGAUACUCCAAAGACAUGGAUCGUCAGCGGCUUAGUGGGGUCUACGCUGGUUGCUGUGCUGCUCAUCUACAACUCGUUCGGAGCGGAAGGCAUCUCACCGUGGGCCACUCUGUUGGGCAUCGUGCUCGCUUCGCUGUUCGCCAUCCUGGGCGUGCGUGCGCUCGGCGAGACGGAUCUCAACCCCGUGUCGGGCAUCGGCAAGAUUUCGCAGCUCAUCUUUGCGCUGGUGCAGCCGGGCAAUGUGGUGGCCAACCUGAUCGCAGGAGGCAUCUCGGAGGCAGGUGCGAUGCAAGCAGGCGACCUGAUGCAGGACUACAAGACGGGGCACCUCGUGGGUGCGUCCCCGAGGUCGCAAUUUAAAGGCCAGCUAAUCGGAAGCACGCUCGGCAUCUUGGUGAGCAGCUUUGCGUACAAGCUGUAUACAAAUGCGUACGAGAUUCCUGGCCCGCAGUUCCCGGCACCGACCGCAGCGGUUUGGCUCAACCUGGCGAGGCUGGUGAAUCACGGACACUUGCCCGAAAAGGUCAAUGUAUUCAUGAUCUCUUUCGGCGCCAUCUUUGCCGUGACGGGAGUGAUCAAGACGCUGGCACGCAGCAAGGCGCUGCACCAAGAGGGCCAAGUAGGCACGAGCACCGCCGCCAAGGUUGCCAAAGUGGUGCCGAGCGGAAUCGCGUUCGCCGUGGGGAUGCUCAACACGCCCAACUUUUCAUUGGCCCGUCUGGUGGGUGGACUGAUCGCACACUGGUACCAUUCGCGGAAGUCGUCGUCGACCAAGAAGUCGUCGAUGGCAGGAAUAGGCAUCAUCAUCGUCGCCAGUGGAUUCGUGCUGGGAGAAGGCGCGGCGAGUAUCGUGACGCUGCUGCUCAAGCAGGGUGGUGCUCAGGCUUGGACUUGUGCCGGAUGCCGCGGUGGAUGCGCUGGUGGAUGUUCGUAG